AUGGGUGUUCAAACAAGAGUUCUGAUGAUGGUGGGCAUAGUGAUAUGCCUUGCCUCAGGUGUAUCUGCCAUCCAGGGGUCUGCGACUUAUUAUGAUCCCCCUUAUUACCCUUCGGCAUGCUUCCCCAACCAACAAAAUGGUGACUCGAACGUUGCCGGAGCAAGCAACGUCCUGUGGAACAAUAGGGCAGCAUGUGGAAGAAGGUAUAGAGUCAGAUGCACUGGUGCCAACAAUUUAUUUCCCAGACCUUGCACAGGCGCGACUGUAGAUGUAAAGAUUGUUGAUUAUUGUUCAAAGUGCAAUGGAACUAUUAAUCUCUCUCGAGAUGCCUUCUCCAAGAUUGCUGAUCUUAAAGCCGGCAAUAUCAGGAUCGAAUAUAAUCAGGUGUGGCGUAGGGUUAGAUUUGGAUCUGAAGGACUAGGAUCAGGAAGGUUAGCUUGGUGA